CGAGAGCCGUCGGGCAGCCGAGGCAUGGCCGGGGUACGACGGAUCAGCUUGGCCGAGGCCUUGGACUUGGGGCCCAGCUGGCGCCACGCGUGCCACGCGUUGCUUUACGCGCCGGACCCGGGCCGCUUGUUCGGCCGCAUCCCGCUGCGCUACGCCGUGCUGAUGCAGAUGCGCUUUGAUGGCCGGCUCGGCUUCCCAGGCGGCUUCGUAGACCCCCAGGACGGCAGCCUGGAGGCCGGCCUGAACCGGGAGCUGCUGGAGGAGCUGGGUGAGGGGGCGGCCGCCUUCAGCGUGGGCCCGGCGGAGUACCGCAGCUCCCACGCCACAGCCAACCCCCCGCCCCGCGUCGUGGCCCAUUUCUACGCCAAGCAGCUGACGUUGGACCAAAUCCUGGCUCUGGAAGCGGGAGCCCCCCGGGCCAAGGAUCACGGGCUGGAGGUGCUGGGCCUCGUGCGGGUGCCUCUGUACACGCUUCGGGAUGGGGUCGGAGGCCUCCCCGCCUUCCUGGAGAACUCCUUCAUAGGUGCUGCCCGAGACCAGCUGAUGGAAGCCCUGCAAGGCCUGGGGCUCCUAGAAGUCGGCCAGCUGCCCCCCGCCCGCCACUAGGGAGCCCCGAAGGGGUCUUCCUCCUGCGGAGUCUGGGGGAGGGGAGGGGAGGGAGGGAGGUUCCCCUUUGUGGCUGAUGCUGUUGAUUACAGAUUUCCAGGAACAAA